UCCACUUCACUGGACAGUCCCACUUUCCGGACGGGGUUCUCCCAACUGCCCUUCUGGGUUUUUAUAGGAACAGAAGUCUAAUGCGGAUCUGUCCUCCAGAGCCGGAUUCACAGACGCUUGAAACGACCAGAAUCACCCGACCCGAGUAAUGCUCUGGUGAAGUGGGACCACCUAUUGCAGUGAGUUCCAAUGUCUGAAAGCCUCUCGGCUGCCGGUUGUGAUAAAUUCACUUCCUGUAGAAGUAAAUCUUCUCAUCCUGUUUCACUAACACUCCUUCCUCUGCACCUCCACCUCUUUCUUCAUUUCAUAAUGGUACUACUGUAACAUUAAUACAUCAUUUUUUAUUUAUCUCCCAGAGAAAAACAUGUUUACGGUGUUGACUUUCCUGUCAUUGCUCUCUCCUUCUUUGCAUCACUCCUUCUUUCUUCUGGUUGUCCUUUUCCUUUGCAUUCACUGCUCAUCAGAGAAACGCCGAUGCUUUGCAGCUGUUGUUAACAAGAGCUGCUCGCCCUCAGACCUACAGCGAAGAUGAUCCCUCAUUUCUCGUGACUGUUGUCAAGGCCGAUUCACAUCUUCUCCUCUAAACCCCCCCUCUUCCCUUCCUAGAGUUUAUUACCCUCAGACCCUUUUCCUGUGUUCACAUGCUUGUUUUGUUGUUGCAUGACCCAAGAGAAAAUUGUUGAUGAGCGUAUUUUUCUAAAGGGCGAGGUGCAGAGGGGUCACAGAGAGAAGAGAGGUUAAUAAUACCGACAGGAACUCUUAAGAGAUCCCAUUUACAAGUUCAUGUCCAAGCGGAGACUUAACCGGGGAGGAUGACGUUGUACUAAGGGACUACUUUAUGUGACGAGGGACCAAAGGGAACGGAGGACAGACAAAGCGGGGCGCCGGGCCUGCUGACAGGAUGUCCCCCCGUGGACAGUUUGGAGCCUCACAUGGAUAAACGUCUUUAGUGGGACAGGCGGUGCGUGGCAGUGGACUACAAGCUCUCUCUGUCUGGACUCGAGACGCACAAGAUCCUUCCAAAAGUUGAGAUGUAUUGAGGACGCGUGCCAAAAGGACUCGCUGCCAGUAAGCCAUGGAAUCGAGUGGACCUUAAACUGGAUUUUAAACUUGACUGAGAUGUUCGCAGAGCUCCGACGCUCUCAACCAAAUCAAAGGGAACUCAACCGUUCUGCCACCAUGAGUUUGGGAAAGCUGCCAGGGAUUAAAGGCCUUGUGUCUGGCUCUCAGGGGAAGCGGCGUUUCAAGAGUGAACUCUCCGUGGACAUGAUCAGCCCCCCGCUGGCCGACUUCCGUCACACUAUGCACGUAGGCCGCGGCGGGGAGGUGUUUGGUGACACUUCCUUCCUCAGCAACUACGGGGGCAUCGGGGAGCCAGGAAGUCCCGAUUCGGCCAGCUCAAGGACAACCCGGUUUUUCACACGCACCUUUGGGUAUGCGCGGAAGAACUCUGUGCAGCGGCCGAGGGGGGGCUCCCGUGACUUGUCGUCCGCGCCACCAGACGUCUCACCCAUCAUCAAGAACGCCAUCUCCCUGCCCCAGCUAAACAUGGACUCCCCUAACGGGUGCCUCCCGCGGGUGCUGUUCUCCAGCUCCGUCAGCUCAACAGAUGAGUCCCUCUGCACAUAUGGUCUGCAGUCUGGGUUUGUCACUCUGCCCCGCCUCCCUCGCCUUGACAGACAGUUUCAAGAUGGAGACCUCCGGAAAGGAUCUUUACCAGAAAGUGGAGGCCUCAAACUGACACGCUCAGACUCCCUCUCCUCGUUCACUGUGGACCUCGGCCCGUCCCUCAUGACUGAGGUACUGAGCUUGAUUGACAACCAAAGCUGCUUUCAAAAGUUCAACCCCAGCCACACAGCAGGUGAGGAAGAGGCUGCAGAGGAAGAGGAAGAAGACAACGACAGCUCUCUGACAGAAACGCCCGUGCAGACCCCUGGGGCGACUUCGCCCAACCCCUCCAUGGGCAGCGGGCCCUUCAUCAGGGGCGGGAACUGGACGGAGCGAGAGGAGGAGAGGGGGUCCCGGAGGACGCCGGACGAGUGCGUUGGGUCUCCUCAGAGAGCCGAGCCUGCGAUUGAGGCCGAAAGGUUCCAGAGGGCCGCUGACGUGCUGGCUCGUCAUUACGGAGGAGGGUCCUUCACAAAGGGAACGAGGAUGAGCGACGACACAGAGUCUCCUGCGUCUCCCCAAAGCCACAAAACCCCAUAUGCCUUCACCGAAGAGGAGGAAGAGAUUAAAGUUUAGACAGUGAAAGUUUCCCUGAAAAGAUUGCUGUGACUUUAAUGAUCUGAUGAAGCUUUGGAGGCCUCUGGUGGCCUGAGGCCAGGAUUCAUGUGAUUCUUAUCAAAGACAAGAUCCUGGUACUGAUUCCUGAACUUGACCUUUGAUCCUCACCCUGUCUUCCCAUGCAUUUAUAGAUUAUUAUUGAAGAAAAAUACUCAUUUUUUAACACAAACUGUUAUUAAUUACUUUAUUUUAUUACUUUAUUUUUAUUAUUGAUCAAUAACAGAGAUUUAUAAGUUACAUUUUUGUCCCACCUGCAGCAGUUUUACUAAGAACAGCUGACUGGAAAAAAUGUGUAUUUUGAAUGGAUGGAUUUCUUUUUUUCACACAGUACAUAACCACUUAUAAUAUGCAUGACAUUCAACAUCAGAGCGUAUUCUACAUAAAUUCAGAUUUAAAGGUGCAAUGGUAGUCUGACAUUGUCCACUGGUGUCCUUCUGAUGUCAUGGUCUGGGCUGUUCUCCUUCCACUAAUUCAACAGUGCAGCUGGAAUUCAUUCACCAGGGCCUCUAGCUUUGAUUCAGUUUUGUCGUCAUUAAGAGUGCUAGGUCAUCAAAUAUCAGAUGAUGGAUCAGUGAUUAUUUCCAAACUAAAUGAUAUUAAAAUAUAUUAUAAUCAAUAUGGCCCUCAAGGACAUUUUGGGGAGAAUCUUAUUUUUUAAAUGAAUACAUUCAUUCAUAGCAGUAUUUUCACAUACAAUUUGUAAUGAAUCAACAUAACAAACACUGCACAGAGGUCAAUGAGCAUCAAAACAUCUGUUAGAUUAGUUUUAGUGGUUAUAGAACUGUGUCCAUUCUUAAUAAAAGUUUUAUUCACGUUUCCUUUGCAAUUGGUAAGGAACUGUAAUAUCAGUACAU